UACCUCCCCCUAUUGUAAUAAUCACUACUGCGUUACCAUGGCGACCAUCUUUUGCUAAACCGUGAUUGGUCAGAAACACGUGGCCUUCAAUAGUAUGGGUGGUACUGGAAAUGAAAGUGUGAUCGAGACGGCUUUACAUUUAGAGUCAUGAAAUCGCCGUUAUUUCCUAAACCUCGACAAAGUUGGGCGAAAAAUCCGAGUUCUUGACACGUUCCGUGAUGGCUUCAAUUUAAUAUGGUUGUCGAUAAUUAGAUUAUGUAGGUUAAAUGAAAUGCGGGGUUGGUUAUUGGUGGUCGAAAUCGACGAAAUGGUCCAACAGGAUGGAAAGACAAAUUUGUCAAGCCACCCAUCCAGCUAAAGACCAUAGACAAAAAAUUGGACAUUUGAAAUUUUCCAUCGAGAAAAUUUUAUCGCCGGAUUUUGGUAAAGUUGCUAAAGAAACUAAGUUUGUUUAUGCCGAUGAAUCGGAAACAAUUCAUUGUUCUUCAAACAAAAAUAAAAACAAUGAUGCCAAACAAAAAGAUUCAAUUCUCUGGCCAGCCUGGGUUUAUUGUACGAGAUAUUCGGACAGACCUUCCUCUGGUCCACGAUCCAGACGAUCAAAAGAAAAGAAGAAAGCCGACGAGAAAAGACCAAGGACAGCAUUCACUUCCGAUCAAUUGGCCAGGUUAAAAGAAGAAUUUCAAGAAAAUCGUUACCUAACAGAAAAACGAAGGCAAUAUCUCGCGAGGGAAUUAAAACUAAACGAAUCACAAAUAAAAAUAUGGUUCCAGAAUAAAAGAGCCAAGAUUAAAAAAGCCAGCGGUCAGAGGAACCCUUUAGCUUUACAAUUAAUGGCUCAAGGACUGUAUAAUCACAGUACGAAACUGCUAAUGGAAGAAAAUGGAAGAAAGAAUACCUCAUCGACGGCAUUAUAGAUUUACAUGUGAUAUCAAACUAUUUAUUAAGCGAAAAAAAUAAAAUAAAAUAAACUGAACAUUCCUCGAUUCCAUAAUAAUGUAGUUACCAGAAAAAUCAACGGCCACGUCGUAGACUAAUAAAAUUACUUAUUUGAACCGGUAGAAGCUAAUUGUACGAAAGAUGUCUUAUCAAUGGUUGUCUCUUGUGUAUCGUUGUUUUGUAAUUAAUCGGAGAAGCUUAGAAAUAACGCAGCUUAUCUGAUAUUUACUG